UAUAUUUGCGCACUAAAAAUUCUUGUGCACGCGUUUGCUAAAAUGCUUGAAGCAGAUAUUAUAAUAAAGGAGGAAAUAGAUAUUGAUGACACUGAAAUAAAACUCGAACUGGAUGUAGAGGAAAGUGAAACGGAUUCGCAAUUAUCAUGCGGUAAAUAUAAGGCUGGCAGUGGAAUGCUAAAAAUUAUCGAAGAGCGGCCAAAUAUGAUAACGGUACCGCUCAAUGAACACAAAUCUGAAGACGAAAUAAAUUUUAUAGCGACGCUCGAUCAGCAAAAGAAGGUAAUACAUAACCUAAAUAUAUACACACACACACACACAGCCGAUUGUGACAAUUUGCCUUUAAUGAGCUUACAGUUAUUUGGUGAGAUCGAGAGCGAGACCGCUAAUGAAACAUACAAAUGCGAUGUUUGCAGUUUUAAGAGCGAUAAUUUAAUGUUACUUGCUUCACAUAACAUCAAUCAUUUCCUGAAUCGCCAUUUUUGCCGCUAUGGUUGUGGCUAUUGCGGCACUACGCUGGAGGAGAUGCUCGAUCACGAAUUCCGCAAACACGAAGGAGGCCGAAACAAGUGUCGCAUCUGUGCCAUUGACUGUCAGGAUAGCACUGGUCUUGCCAAGCAUAUGAACAGUCACUUUUUUGUGCGUCGUUUUGUCUGUGCUCUGUGCUGUGAGCACUUUGAAACGCGCCAGAGCCUAGUCCUGCAUCGCCAGAAUAAUCCGCUAACUUGUGGACGUCUACAAUACUUGGAUAUGCAGGAUAAUGUGGGCCAACUGGUGGCAGCCAGUAAAAUGUACGGCAAACUAACGCCAAUACCGCAAGGCGAUGUGCAAAUUAAGGAGGAGCCAAUGGACACGGACCAACCCGAGCUAGAGCAACCAAUGCUAGCGGAUAUAGAAAUAAAAGCAGAGCCGAUGGAGCCAAUUCAAGAGCCGCAAAAUAAUUUGCCAAUUAGCUUAUCACAGCUGCGUAGUAAGUUACGUUUACCAGCCAUAAAGAAAGCAGUGCAGCCUCAGGACUCUACAGCUACAGUGGUCCCUAAGCAAUGCAAUAUUUUAAGGAUCAAGAAAUUCGAUAAUCAGCAAGUCACACUUAAGAGCAAUGCAUUGAAGCUGUUACCCAACAAUUGCAUGUUGAUCAAGUUGCCACCCAAUACUAAAAUCGUUAGGCUAGCGCCCAAUGUAAACAACAACAACAACAACUCGCAAAAGCCAAAUCUUGUGAUGAUAAGCGCUAAUUCAAAUGUACCAAAUGCUGCUCCAGCACCCACAGCAGCUGCAACGUCCACGCCAUCUCCACCAGCUAACAAAGGCUUGACAACGUCGAUGUCAAAGCGUGUCUUAAACAAUUUAAAUCUGAAUCGAAAUGCCUGUUUCAAUGCCAUAGAUUUGUAUGAAAGUUUGCCGGAAUCACGCAAGAUCAUUGAAGACAUACAGAAUAAAAUACGCAGCAUUGAGCAAACGCUGCCGCUGCCUGGCAGUGUGCUCCAAAAAACAACGCAAAAUAGCGAAUUCAAAUGUAAUAUCAAUAAAGAGGACUUGCCGCCAAAGGUGCUCAUGCUGGCGCUAAACAAUAAAAGCCAUGAAAAAGUGAAUAUGUUACGCAACACCUUCAAGAGUUUUCGCUUUCACUGGGAGUGUCCAAAGUGUGGGCGCUGCUAUGAAGUAUUUCCGAGCUUUUAUUCGCAUCUACAGGACAAGCAUGGGUUGUCCAAGGAAGAGUUGCAGAAAACGCUGGUGACUGUGAAAAGUUUUAAGAAGCAAGAAUUCUUAUCGCCAUCGACUGCAACUACUGUGCCCGCAGAAGAAACAAAACCAGCAGCAGCUGUUGCUGCUCCACCAGUCACUUCAACAAAAGCUGCAGAAACGAUUACAGCUAAUUCCGCUACGCCUGCGCCUGCUGCCACCUCAGCCACUGUUGCUACUUUGGCAGCUGUGCCUAAGCCAAAAGCUUCAGCUUCAGCUGAUGAUACUUCUACCUCGACGACCAAUUCCACUGUACAGCGUGCAGGUGAAAUACGUUGUGAGCAGUGCUCCAAGACCUAUACGACUGUAGGCGGUCUGCGCAUUCAUAUGCUCAUACAUACAGGUGAACUGCCGCACAAAUGCAACUACUGUGAGAAACGUUUUCGCACGCCAGGACAGGUGCGUGUUCAUCAUCGUCGGCAUACAGGCGAGAAGCCCUUCAAGUGUAAGAUCUGUUCACUGGACUUUACUCAUCGCGAGACUUUGAUUUCCCAUCUAUCGCGUCACAUUGGCAUGAAACGUUACAAAUGUUAUGGCUGCGACAAGUACUUUGUGGUUGUCAGUGGCUUGCGCGCACAUCGUCGCCUACGGCCGGACACCUGUGGCAAGGUAAAGUUUACGGCGCGUGCUCAUGGACCACGCGUGCGUGUGAUUAAAGGAGAAGUGGUCUUUGAACCGCAGCCCGAGCACAACGGUUAUUUGCGUAGUGAAGAUCCGUUGAAUAUAUUGUCUGAGAUACAAAGCAAUGACGCUGAGUCAGCAGAGGAUGAAGCAGCCAUGGGUUAAUAUAAGUAUUUUUUUUUAAUAUAUAUAUUAUUUUUUGUAUUUUACACGCUUGUUAUGUGGUCAUAAGUAUCUUUAAGCUCAAACGAUUUAAGUUAAUAUAUUUGUAAGGAAGAUUGUGAAUGCUUACAUUAAAAUUUUUUAUAUCUGCUGAAAAUCUAA